AUGAUCCUACAGGCAACAUCUUCCUUGUACGUGGUGGAGACAGAUCCCAGCCCCUACUGCAUUGUUGCUCCAGAUACAGUGAUCCAUUGUGAAGGCAAGCCCAUCAAACGAGAGGAUGAAGAGGAAUCCCUCAAUGAAGUGGGGUAUGAUGACAUUGGUGGUUGUCGGAAACGGUUGAUAGAGGAAAUGGUGGAGCUGCCACUGAGACAUCCAGCCCACUUCAAGGCCAUUGGUGUAAAGCCUCCUCGGGGCAUUCUUCUCUAUGGGCCUCAAGAAACAGGAAAGACCCUGAUUGCUCAAGCUGUGGCCAAGGAGACUGGAGCAAUUUUCUUUCUGAUAAAUGGUCCUGAGAUUAUGAGCAAGUUGGCUGGUGAGUCAGAGAGCAACCUGCUGAAAGCUUUUGAAGAGGCAGAGAAGAAUGCCCCUGCCAUCAUUUUCGUUGAUGAGCUGGAUGCCAUUGCUCCCAAGAGACAGAAGACCCAUGGAGAGGUAGAACGUCGAAUUGUGUCACAGCUAUAGACUCUCAUGCAUGGUUUGAAGCAGAGGGCACAUGUGAUCAUUAUGGCAGCAACCAACAGACCCAACAGCAUUGACCCAGCUCUUAGACGGUUUGGUUGAUUUGACAGGGAGGUAGAUAUUGGAAUUCCUGACACCACAGGACGCUUACAGAUUUUGCAGAUCCAUACGAAGAACAUGAAGCUGGCAGAUGAUGUAGACCUAGAACAGGUGGCCAAUGAGACCCACGGAGAUGCAGGUGCAGAUCUGGCAGCCCUCUGCUCAGAGGCAACAUUGCAGGCCAUUAAAAAGAAGAUGGACCUCAUUGACCUGGAGGACGAGACCAUUGAUGCUGAAGUCAUGAACUCCCUGGCUGUCACCAUGGAUGACUUCCGGCUCUUUUCCUCCUGCACUAGGGCCCUGAGCCAGAGCAAUCCUUCAGUGCUUCAGGAGACUGUUGUGGAGGUGGCACAGGUGACCUGGGAGGACAUCGGUGGUCUGGAGGAUGUGAAGCAGGAGCUCCAAGAGCUUGUUCAGUACCCUGUGGAGCAUCCAGACAAGUUCCUCAAGUUUGAUUCCAAGGGAAUCCUAUUCUAUGGGCCCCCAGGCUGUGGAAAAACCCUAUUGGCCAAAGCUAUCACCAAUGAAUGCCAGGCAAACUUCACCUCCAUCAAGGGCUCUGAACUUCUCACCAUGUGGUUUGGCAAGUCUGAGGCCAAUGUCCGUGAGACAUUUAACAAGGCCCGCCAAGCUGCCCCCUGUGUUCUGUUCUUUGAUGAACUGGAUUCACUCGCCAAGGCUUGUGGUGGCAGCAUUGGAGAUGGAGGAGGUGCUGCUGACAGAGUCAUCAACCAGAUUCUGACGAUGGAUGGUAUGUCCAUAAUGAAAAACAUGUUCAUCAUUGGUGCCACCAACUGGCCUGAUAUUAUUGACCCUGCAAUUCUUCAGCCUGGCCGCUUAGACCAGCUCAUCUACAUACCCCUACCUGAUGAAAGGUCUGGUCUUGCAAUUCUUAAGGCCAACCUGAGAAACUCACCUGUUGCCAAGGAUGUAGACUUAGAGUUCCUGGCUAAGAUGACUAAUGGCUUCUCUGGGGCUGACCUGACAGAAAUCUGCCAGCGUGCUUGCAAACUGGCUAUCUGUGAAUCCAUUGAGAGUGAGAUCCGACAAGAGCGGGAAAGGCAGACCAACGCCUCUGCCAUGCUAGUCAUUCCUGUUUCCUGCAGCUACAAGGCCAAGCUUUCUGAGAAGGGCAGCAGCAUCCGGCAGAUGCUAUGCAAAGACCCCUCCUGUGAAGUGUGCAAUUCUAUGGCUUUGGAGGCUGACCUGCUAUUCAAAUCCACUCUGCCUGAACUGUCCUCCUGGACCCUGCCAUCAGAUCCGUCUCUGAAUUUGCCUUCUGACCUUUCAGUGGGCUCCAGUCCCCCGCAGAGCACAAGUCCAGCACACACCUCCUCAGUGAAUUCCUCUUCCUCACAGGCUGCCAGUAUCUUACCUGCUCAUACUCUUUCUCUUUCUCCCAUCAACCCAGUGGACCUCAGUAUCUCCCUGCCCCAUUCCUCUCCUUCAGCUACUACCCCUUUUCAGGCCAAAUCCCCCCUCAGGGUCCAAACCUACUCACAGUCCGAUACCACUUCCAGGAUCCAUAUAUCUGUACUGUCUCACACCUCAACUGUUGUCCACACUUCCUUGAUGACGGAUCCUUCCACAGAAACCACCCCUCCUGUGGUCUUGGCGCAUCCAUUAGCGUCUAUGCUCUCGGAGGCCCUCACUUCCUCAUUGCAGCCAAAUCUCUUGCUGGCCCCAUCCGUGAUGGAAACUCCCUCAGUGGCCCCAGUUCCUUCCAUGAAACCCAAUAACCCAGAGCCUUCUACACCUUCAGCCAACCCAGGAGUUCACCAGGAAUCAGCCAGUCAGUGUAUUACCCACACCUCCUUACUGGAUCUCCAAUCAGACACCAUUACCGCACAUUCAGCUCCCACCCCUUCUACUACUCCCUCCACUCCUGUGGCUCCCAUCCUUUCUGUUGCUCCCGUGGCUCCUCCGGCUCCCGUGGCUGCCCCAGCUCCUGUGGCUGCUCCUGCUCCGGUGGCUCUCCGGGCUCCUGUGGCUCCCACCCCUCCUCUACUCAGGAACUUACACCACUUCUGUGGCUUCUACUCCCUCCUCAGCCCCCACCUAUUCAUCAACCUUCACCUCCUCAACAUCUCCUUCAAUGACCCCCAUUUUCUCAAGGAGCCGUGGUACCUCCUCACCCCCUACUACCCCUUUAAUAGCCUCCUUAAAAGUUCCCACCCCAUCAACCUCAAGAUUCCUCACCUCAUCACUAGCACCCAAGUCCUCUCUACCCCACACUUCAUUCAUGGCCAGAACACUUGGAGAGGCCUUUCCCUCUUCUGUGUUCCAUCUCCCCUCCACCUGCACUGUUUCGAUUAG